GCCCGCCAUGCUGAUCACGCUGUGCUACCUCUACCUGUGGGCGCGCUGGGGGCCGCGCUCGGCCGCGCUCGUCCGCAGCACCGUGCGGAGGCUGCACCGCUCCCGCUGCUCCUUCACCUUCUGCGCCCGACAGCCGCACCCCGAGGAGCGCGUCUGCCUCCGCAUCGGCGGGAAGGUGUUCUGCACCGGCGAGGCGCAGUUCCUUGAUGACUUAAACAGGUGGAGUGGGCUUCUUGUUUCUCCCUUUAUUCACCCUGAGAAGCUGCUGCCAGCAGAGCACAUUGCUUUUGUGACAGAAAGCAUUUCUGCUCACACAGAGAAUUUGCAGAAAGGACCUGACUCUUCAAAGGAGAUUGUGAAGUGGUCAGACUUUUGUUCACCCUUGGCCUAUAAAGCUGGUGAACCUUUUAAGUUAAUUGCUGAAGCCAGUGUAGAUAAUUUCAGUAGCCUUGGAAUAGCCUUCCUGGAAGACAGGCUGCAGAUGGAGAACGGGAUGGUGCCACACAGGAUUGUUUCUGUCCAUUUAGAGGAAUCUGCUCUGAAGGAGUUGGCACAGGAGGCACCGUCAGUGAAGGAGAAAAGCACAGACAUGGAUGCAGUAACUCCUGCUGGGAAAUCAGGAUUAGGGCGAGCUGAGGAGGACAAAUGCAAGCUGGAAGAAGAAAGGGGACAUGAGGAAAGAGGAGGUGGGGAGCACCACCACUUGCACCUUUCCAGCUGCCAGGAGUGCCUGCAGCUUGAGAGCAGCACCAUUGAGUCGGUGAAAUUCGCCUCUGCAGAAAACAUCCCAGAGCUCCCCGACGAUUGCAGCAGCAGGAGGGAGGAGAAGGAGCAUGAAUGUCUGCAAAAAGGAAUCAAAAGAAUAAACCUGGCUGGGAAACCCCCUAAUAUCUUGAUUUAUCUAGGCUCUGAGGCUGCCAAAGGGAGGUUUGAGCAGGUGAAGUCAGUGCUCAGGGAGUGCAUCGAUGCUGACAGCUACACCGUGUACCAGCUGCACCAGGAGCAAGUGCUCAGAGACCCCUGGGUUGAGAACUCCCUGCUGCUGCUCAUUGUCACAGAGGAGCCCAUCCCCGAGGGCAUCCACAGGCAAUUCAUGAAAUUUCUGUCCAAAGGGGGGAAGAUUCUUGGGCUUUCUUCGUCCUUCAGCUUUGGGGGCGUGAAGAUAAAGCGCAAAAACAAACUGAGGAGGGUGGUGCAUGAGCUGGUGGUGUCUAAAAAGGACAGCACUGAGGUGAAGCUGAACCUGCUGGUCAGUGGCUGUGUUUUUGAGGAAGGCAUGAAGGGAGAUGGCAGCAGAGUGAAGGUGUUGAGUCGAUUGAAUAAUGCUGCUGAAGACACAGUGAUUGUGCACCUGACUCACGGGAGCAGUGGAGGAGAAGCCAUCCUUUCCCAGGCCCAUUUGGAACUGGACAGCAAUUCCAUGGAUGUGCAAACUGAAGAGGAUUUUAAUUUGCUUAAAAUGAGCAAUUCCAAGAGAUAUGAAGUUCUCAGGGAGAUCCUGACCUGCCUUGGGCUCAGCUGUGAACUGAGUGAAAUUCCUGAAUUAACACCCAUUUAUCUGCUCUCUCCAGAUGAGGAAAUCCAUCUUGCUUUCCUGAAAUGGCUGGAGGGGAACGUGGAUGCUGAGGGACUGAGGGCAUCCAGCAAGGUGUCCCUGAAGUUUGUUUCAUCCUGUGAGUCCAAGGUGGAGGUGACUCCAUCCCUGGUGCCCGUGAUCACUGAGAUGGAGAGCUUCUCCUCAGAACAUUUCAGCCUCAAGACCUAUCAGCAGCAUCUGCAGACCAAGAAGCUGGGAAAAAUCCUUCUCUUCACAGAGGUGACCACGACAACCAUGAAUCUUCUGGAUGGGUUAAUGUUCGAGUUGCCUGAGGAGAUGGGUUUAAUAGCAGUGGCUGUUCGACAAACACAAGGGAAAGGUCGUGGUGGAAACGUUUGGCUCAGUCCCAUGGGCUGUGCCCUGUCCACUCUGCACCUCUCCAUCCCUCUGCAUUCCAACCUGGGCCAGAGAAUUCCUUUUAUCCAGCACCUGGUGUCCUUGGCAGUGGUAGAGGCAGUCAGAUCCAUACCAGGAUAUGAGGACAUUGAGCUGCGAGUUAAGUGGCCAAAUGAUAUUUACUACAGUGAUCUGAUGAAGAUUGGUGGAGUUCUGGUAAACUCAACACUCAUUGAAACAACAUUUCAUAUUCUCGUUGGCUUUGGAUUUAAUGUGAGUAACAGCAACCCCACCAUCUGCAUCAAUGACCUCAUUGCAAAGUUGAACAGGGAAGAGGGGACAGAGCUGAAGCCUCUGAGUGCAGACUGUCUCAUUGCAAGGACUGUGACUGUGCUGGAGAGGCUCAUUGAUGUUUUCCAGGAGAAGGGGCCCAAUGGAGUUCUUCCCCAGUACUACAAGUAUUGGGUACACAGUGGGAAGCAGGUGCGGCUCCGCAGCGAGGACGGCGCGCUGGCCUGGAUUGUUGGGGUGGAUGACUAUGGAUACCUGCAGGUGCACCAGGAGGGCAAGGGCGUGGAGUCUGUGCACCCUGAUGGCAACUCCUUUGACAUGCUGAGGAACCUCAUCGUCCCCAAGCACUGACAGGAACUCUUGAGUACUGGGCACUGUCACCUCAACCUCAAGGUUAUUCCCAAAAUUUCUGCAUUGGGAAGAAACUUGGAGUGGAAUUUCCUUGCCACAGGGGAGAGCUGCCCAACCCUGGAUGUGCCAGAGCACUGGGAGUGCUGUGGGAGCCACUUUGCCUUUUCAGUGGCCUCUUCUGGUGUCUCCUGGAUUUGGAUGAAGGAUUUGUUGCUUUCCCUGGGGAAGAACCAAAGACAAAAAGAAUUCCCAUGGGACAAGGAGCAGCUGGAUGGAGUCCUUGGAGAAGUCCCUGAGUCUCUGUCAGGUGGAGUCUGACUCUUCCUCUGCCCAACGUGGCACGCCCAGAAAGCCACAACAUUUUUGCAGGAAAAUCCUUGUUUUUCUUGUUCUCCGUGUGUGACAGACAAAUGUGGUGUGGGGUGUCCCUGGAUGUGGGGCUGGAGAGAUCCAGCCAGCUCCAGCCCCAGGAAUAAAGCUCUGAAAAUGUUUCAUUUCGUUCAGCUGUCUGGAUUAGUAAAACACCUCUUCCAUUGUGAGGCUGAGGUCAUAUCUUAAACUAUUUUCUUGAUGAAGUGCUUUCAAAAAACCCAUUUAUUACCAUGUCCCUAUUACUGGGACUUCUUUUUUUUGAUUUUAUUUUUUUCCUGCUGGGCUCUGGUAGAACAUUUCUCAUGGUGAAAACAUUUGUGGGGGUUGUUUAUUGAUAGGAAAACUUCUGGGUGUGUUGGCACGUGUGCGAGUCCAGGGUGGGUCGUGCCCAGUCAGCAACAAAGCUGCUUCCAAAGGUUUGAAAAAGUAAUAAUGUACUUCACAUUUCAGAGUCCAGGCAGCACAUCCUGCUUCUAGUAAAGCUUUUAUAAGACUUCAGAGCUUUUUUUUAUUUUAUUUUUUAAUAUAUCCAACGAAUCAAGGGCUAUUACCUGGAAAUAAUAUUAAAGCAUUUAAUUCUUUAUGCUGCUGCUUCACUGUGCAAAAAUUCGUUUCUUUGCUUUCUCUGAUUCAGCUGCAUCAGCAGCCUGAAAAAAAAAUUACUUUUUGCAACUCUUUGGAGAUCUCUACAAUCAAAACAUCUGUCAUGGGAAAGAUUUGUGCUGGUUCCUGGGGGUAACUGGUUUGAUAAAGACAUUUGCAUGGCUAAGUGGUGGUGGGGAUGCACUGCCUUGAUCAGACACCAAAGAAAUUAAAUCUGGGCCCAGCAAAGGGCAGAGGUCAAAAAAUGAUGGAUAAAAAAGAACUGCAGGGAAGAAUUGUCAAGUGUUGAGUAUCUCAUUAGUGAUUCUGUGUUAUUUGCAUUUUCCAAGUGUCUUCAUUUAAAAUGCAACGUGGCAAUAAUACAAUAAUUUUUUAAAACUGUGUGUGUUUUAUAGUACAUUAAUUGUCAAUAUAGAACAUGUCACACAUGAAAUAAAUUUUCUAUAUGCACCGUU